GCAUAAACUCCGAUUUACGUGGAUCCUUUUGGAUCUGUAGUUUCGCAGAUUAUGUCUAAAGCUGUGGUGAAGACGACCUUCGAGGCUUCUCGCACGCUUCGUCCCAUCUACACCGGAGGAAGCACUGCGCUCGAUGCCAGCGGUCGCUUCCUGGUGACAUGCAUCAGUGAAGAUGCUCUCGUGGUGGAUCUGGAGACCGGAGAUCAGGUCGCUAGUCUGGAAGGAGAUGGCGAGAUUAUCACAAGCUUAGCCAUCUCUCCGUCGGCCUCCCAUGUCGUUCUCUGCUCACGGUCCAUGUCUAUGCGAAUCUACUCUCUAACACCUCUUGACGAGUCCACACGUACGAUCGACGCGAAGCUACUCAGAAGUCUCAAGCCCCACACAGCACCUGUCGUGACGACUGCAAUUGAUCCCACAGGUACCCUACUGGCGACUGGUGCUGCGGAUGGCUCGAUCAAGGUCUGGGACAUCCGGGGCGGUUAUAUCACGCAUACCUUCCAUGGCCACGGAGGUGUCAUCUCAGCCUUGUGCUUUUUCCAGGCGCCAGACGUCACGAACAAAUCGUCCUCGAGUAAGAGGAAGAACAAGAACCAGUCGCACGACUCAGAUGAAGAUGAAGAAAUGGGAAGUUCAACGGGAAUUUUCCGACUUGCCUCCGGAGAUGAGGAGGGUAAGGUAUGCGUGUGGGAUUUGAACAGGAGGAAGCCCAUCGCAUCGCUUGAGUCUCACGUUUCGGUUGUGCGCAGCGUUUCAUAUUCGCCGUCAGAAAAUGCCUUGCUUUCAGCCAGCCGCGACAAAACCGUGAUUGUAUGGGACAUGCGAACAUUCAAGACGCGGAGGGUCAUUCCAGUCCUCGAAAGUGUGGAGGCUUCCUGCUUCGUCGCCGAUAGUGGAUUGUGUCUAGUUGCGGGCGAAAACGGUCGCUUGCGCGUAUGGGAUUGCAAUCGCGGAGGAGAGGUCACUGCCGAACAAGAACCUGCGUCUGAAUAUGAGGCCGUUGUGGCAAUUCAAUAUUCUCCCGGCAUGUCCUACGCAUUGACAGUGCAUGCUGACCAGACUAUCCGGUUCUAUUCUUUAGAGCCUUUGGCCAGCUAUAACCCAGGCACAACCUUGGAUCCUUUACCGAUUAUUCGGCGCAUAUCGGGCAACGACGACGAUAUCAUCGAUCUCGCAUAUGUUGGUUCUGACCGGUCGAUGCUGGCUCUGGCUACAAACACGGAGAGUAUCCGCAUUGUGUCGGUGGGACCAUCUGAAGACAGACCAUCUGCAGACGGAGAAGGAUACUUUGGUGCCGAUAUCACGCACCUUGAGGGCCAUGACGACAUCAUUAUCUGCGUUGAUGUAGAUUGGUCCGGUCACUGGCUGGUCACUGGUGCAAAGGAUAAUACUGCACGUUUGUGGCGUCUAGACCCUAAGAAUUCAUCCUAUACUUGCUUCGCGGUCUUCACCGGCCAUGCCGAGUCAUUGGGUGCUAUCAGUUUCCCCCGAGUCCCACCCCCCGCCAAUACUCCUGCCUACAACGAUCCUUUGAACCAUCCCCCUGCGUUCUUGCUCACGGGCUCCCAAGACCGGACGAUCAAGCGCUGGGAUCUCGGGAAAUUGCCUCCGUUAAGCUCUGACAAGCCCCACCACCCCAAGGCUAUCUACACCCGCAAGGCGCACGAAAAAGAUAUCAAUGCUCUGGAUGUCAAUCCCUCAGCGACAUUAUUCGCAUCUGCCUCCCAGGAUCGCACCGUCAAGAUCUGGGCAGCCGAGGAUGGCACCACGGUCGGUGUCCUGCGUGGACACAAGCGAGGUGUUUGGUCUGCACGUUUUGCCCCUCGAGGCACUCCCAUACUCAACUCCGAGAGCGGGACUAGCACCAACAGAGGCUUAAUCGCCACGGGCUCGGGUGACAAGACCAUCAAGAUUUGGAGUCUAUCGGAUUACAGUUGUCUUCUCACCUUUGAAGGCCACACGAAUAGUGUGCUUAAGGUGAUCUGGCUCCCGCCUUCAGAUUUAUCCCACCAGCAAGAGGAUGACGAGGAGGAAGAAUCUGCACUGGCACAGAACACAGCGGCACAAAUGCGUCCUUUGGUGGCCUCUGCCGCCGCCGAUGGCUUGGUCAAGAUUUGGUCCCCUUACUCGGGCGAGCUCGAGACUACUCUUGACAACCAUGAGGAUCGUGUGUGGGCGUUGGCCAGUCCGACCCCCUCCGGCUCUCGCGAAGAUGUUGCAUCUCCCACCACAUUCAAGACUUCUUCGCCUUAUGGUCUUGUUUCUGGCUCUGCCGACUCGACAGUCACAUUCUGGACCGAUACCACUUCUGCCACCUACACGGCCGCAGUGAACGCCAAUUCGGCUCGCAUCGAACAAGACCAGCAGUUACAGAACUACAUCCGCGCCGGUGCUUAUCGCGAAGCUAUCACACUUGCGCUCCAGUUGAACCACCCUGGACGCCUUCUCUCCCUCUUCACUUCCGCCAUUGAUGCUGCUGAUGACCCGUCCUCAACCGAGGCUAAGGACAUUGCGAAUCAGAACAGUCUCACUGGCAACGCUUCAAUUGACGAGGUCCUCCAGACCCUUGAUCCCGACAAUCUCCGCACCCUUCUUCUCCGCGUUCGUGACUGGAAUACCAAUGCGCGCACUGCCAGAGUCGCACAACGCAUCCUGUUCGCUCUGUUCCGGUCUUACCCUGCAUCAACGUUCGUUGAGCUCGCAACAUCAGGCAGGGCUAAGCGACGCAGCGACAGUCGCACUAGUGCAGGAUUGAAGGAAAUCCUGCAGGCUCUGGCUGCCUACACAGACCGCCACUACCGGCGAAUUGAGGAACUCUCUGACGAGAGUUACCUUGUGGAGUGGGUGCUAGCAGAGAUGGAUGGUGGUGUGGGCUUGGGUGGGUUGGGUGCUGCGAGCACAUAUGACUUCUUCGCCAACUCUUUGGAGGACAAUGUGCCUGAGUCCGAGAAGGAUGUCGUCAUGUUGGGAUCAUGAAGACAGGCCCAUGGAUCUAAACUGGAUUCCAGCCAUGAAUGAGAACAUGUAUAGAUAGACAAAAGAUCAUCUGUUAUUUUUGGAGAUAUUGGCGCUGUGAGCGGAGUCCUGCUGUCUUGCUCGAUGAUUCUGGUUGGGAGGAAUACCGCGUUGUAAAAAGUUAUGUUCGUCUAGGUGAUAAUGCGAUAUCUGUAGGGAGAAAAAAGCCAUUU